UUUAAUUUCUUCGCUUUCGCUUCUCCCCACCUGCUCUCCACACGUUCACCACUUCUCUACAGGGACCGAUCAAGGAGGUAUUCCUGGACUGCCAGGUGGACAAGACAACUGCGGUCCCCAGCACAAAGCGUAGCGCACGGCAUUGGUUACCUCUACGCCGUCGGACUACGAUUGCCAUCAGUCAUGGCACGUACUCCAGGAACCCGCCCUCGCCUUGCGUCGCUCUACUUCCUGAUAGCCGCUUCCGCGGUCGUGCUGCACGCCGACGCGCAAAAUUGCACGGAGGACACAGUCACACAGGCAUGCGAUAGUAGCGACGUCUGCCCCGAGUGCAUCGCCGUCCUUACGGACAGUUCCUUCUUGGACUGCCUGUCGGGCAUCAACGCCGCGUUGGACUCUUGCGAGUUCACGGAGCAGGCGGCGUGCUGCUUGAACGAGAUCUCCGGCACCGACUGCCUUAGCGACCUGCCUACCUUGGAGUACUUCGAUUGCCUCUACGACCUGGCCGAGCCGUGCGACGUGACCUUGACGUGCACGACCCCGGCGCCGGUCGCUACUUCGGGGACGGGCACGCCUGUCGCCGGCGGUGGCGGCGGCGGCGGCAGGCCGUCUGGGCCCACCGCUGCUCCCGCUCCCGGCGGACCCGGGACGUCCGCGCCCGCUGGUGCCGGCGGAGCUGAGACCAUGAUGCCCACUGUUUCUGGAGACGGCGGCAUGCCCGGUGCACCCUCCGACACCACCGCGCCUGCUGCCGCACCUGCGGCGGACGGAGCUCAUACCAGGAUGCCCACCGUCGCCGCGGACGGCGGUAGGUCCGGCCCUCCCUCGGGUACCACCGCGCCCGCUGCGACCGGUCGUGCCGAAGGGACCAUGAUGCCCACUACCGGAGACGGCGACCGCGCGUUGGACAUCACACCCGCCCCUUCUUCCUCUGCUGGUGCUGCUAUACCAUCCGCCACUACGACGACUUCGAUGACCGGCGGUAUCGAGACGAUGUCCCCGACGGCCACCGGCGACGGCGACCGCGAGUUGGACAUCACCCCCUCCCCCUCCGGCGCCGGCGGCGGCGGCGGAGGCUCCGCUCCCACCGCUUCCGACGAGACCACGGCGCCGCCCAAUGCUGCGGGUGAGGUCGGGAGCACAAGCGUGGCGCCGACUGCCCUCGGAGAUGCUGACGACAUCGACACGACCUCGGGAGGGCGCGGCUUGUUCUCGACGAGUGUCGGAGGCGUUGUGACAGGGCUACUAGCGUUCUGCACCGCCGUCGUCGCAGUGGUUGUGUAAUGGGAGUGACGAGUCGAUUUGGAAUAAAGGACGCGUUGAUGCCGUACGUGUGCAGCUUGGUUGCUACUGUAAGCGUGUUUAGUUUCCCUUGCGUCUAGUAAGAAGUGGAAAUCGGGGACUUGUCCCGGGUUUCAAGGCCGGCGGACGACUCCCAUAGUGCGUAGCCUCUUCUGAGGAGACGCCCGGAACUGUAUUUCGAGCGCGGACUGUUAAUAUAGUGUGCGUCGUGGCUGCUUACUGCUGCUUGAGUUCCAGUUCCCGCCGCGUGGCCAUCGUCGGUGAUGCUUUUAAGUGCUCGAGGUCGGAUUCCCGCGUGUAUUCAUGUGCAGACAAGAAGCGCCUUGUAUUCUUUUUGUGGGUUUCUAGAUCUCUCCCCGUUUUUGUGUGAGUUCGUGAUCGGCGUCGAGUUUCCUUUGCAUGCUCGUGCCUUCUCGCCUUCACGCCUCUUUCUUUUUCUCGGUUAUGGAGUGCAGGCGUUCCGCGUGUUUCCUAGUUCAAUGUCUCGACGCUGGCGACGGCUGCACGAGUGAGUGCGAUUGGGUCGCCGGGGAGGAGCCCUUGCGGCUCUUGCCAUCGUGUGGAAUGUAUAUUUUCCUGUUGUAGAAACAUGCUUCGUUACCGUUUUGGGAAACGAGCGUGCGUGUUGCUCAAUGCAAAGGAAGGGGGUGGGGGGAUAUCUAGGGGGCGUAGGGUGGUCGGGGCUUGCCUCAACAAUUUAGUGCUCCUCGAGCAGGUCGCACAGGAAACGAAAACGGCUUCGCUGAAACUGCGGUCCUAGUCGUAGAUGCCGAUAUAGCAGGGACUUUUUUUUUCGUGCAGGUACUGCUUGUGCUCGUGUAGUUGUCAAGGCUGCAGCGGUGGGGGUACCGACGAGCGUCUUUGCGCGGUGGGGGUUCAGUCGAGGUCGCCCUCGUGAAUAAUAAUUAUAUCAAUCGUGUUCUUGUUCAGUUAUAUUUUGUUGAAUACGCGGGGUAGCAGCAGUGGCAACUACUGGACGAACGCGUCUCGCGCGUUCUCUGUGUCGCCCACGGGAUAUAUGUGUUGCAUGACCAACUGUUCGUUUGACUCGAUGCAAGCAGUGCUGUCACGAGGCUCGAGCGCACAAAGCGAGAACGCCGUGGAUGCAGGAACCUUCAAGGAAAUUGAGCCCCGUUCAAGCCCCUAAUUGUUUUGUAUUUCAACGUUCAUGCAUACAAAUCACCGCAAUAGUGCCGGGCGAGAGAAUAACCCACCAACUCUUCGUUGAUGGUACGCACUGCCUUCCCUGUGCAUGAUGUAUCAACGCUCCCUUUGCCUUGGCAGGCC